CAAAUCUAAAGAAUGUGUCCGCGAAUAGUAAGGGUUCUUCUGGCCGGCCGCCAGCCAUACGGGGUCGGUCUACAACUUCAAAAGACCUUAUCGGAUCUUCAUCAUAAGCGUUUGAGUGAAUCGGCAAAUACGUUGAUCCUCUUGGAGCACGAGCCAGUUUAUACGGUCGGAAUUCGGGACAAGGGAUAUACAGAGGAAGAUGAGAAAAAGCUAAGGAAUCUUGGUGCGGAAUUCUGGAGAACAAAUCGCGGCGGAUUGAUCACUUUUCACGGACCCGGUCAGCUGGUGGCUUAUCCAAUACUCGACUUGAAACAGUUUCGACCGAGUGUCAGGUGGUAUGUGAAUCAGAUAGAACGUAUGGUGAUUCGCCUGUGCGCCGAGUUCGGUAUCAGGGCCAAGACUUCGCCUGAUACGGGUGUGUGGGUCGACGAUCGUAAGAUCUGCGCUAUAGGCGUACACGGCAGCCGAUACGUCACCACACACGGUCUCGCGCUCAAUUGCAACACCGAUCUCAAGUGGUUUGACCACAUUGUACCUUGUGGCAUCGAGGGCAAGAGUGUGACCAGUAUUUCUAAAGAGCUGAACGUGGACGUUCCGGUCGCUGAUGUGCUGCCGAUUUUCAAGAAUGCGUUCAGCGACCAGUUCGAGUGCCAACUGAUCGAUUACUCACCUGGCGAGGCCUCGCAGUUGCUGCGAGACACUCGUCGUAACGUUUUAAAAACGUGAUAAUUAUAACAAUGUAAUUUUUAAAAAUAAAUAGACUUGUGUUUUUUU